UCCGGCCUUUUCUCAGCUCCCGUUGCAAUCAUGGCGAUGAACAAUAUUUCUAAAAAGCGAAAAUUCGUCGGUGACGGAGUUUUCAAGGCAGAACUCAAUGAGUUUUUGACCAGAGAGUUGGCUGAGGAUGGGUACUCUGGCGUGGAAGUGCGUGUCACGCCGACGCGGUCGGACAUCAUCAUCAUGGCCACUAGGACCCAGAGCGUGUUGGGAGAGAAGGGCCGCAGAAUUCGAGAACUAACCUCUGUCGUGCGAAAGAGGUUCAAUAUCCCAGAGCAAGCUGUGGAACUGUACGCUGAAAAGGUCGCUACCCGCGGUCUUUGCGCCAUCGCACAGGCUGAAUCAUUGAGAUACAAACUCAUUGGGGGUCUAGCUGUACGUCGUGCAUGCUAUGGUGUUCUCCGAUUCAUCAUGGAGUCUGGAGCCCGUGGUUGUGAAGUAGUGGUCUCUGGCAAGCUCCGUGGCCAGCGUGCUAAGUCUAUGAAGUUUGUUGAUGGCCUCAUGAUCCACUCUGGAGACCCAUGCAAUGACUAUGUCAACACAGCUACUAGGCAUGUACUGCUUAGGCAGGGAGUGCUUGGAAUUAAGGUGAAAAUCAUGCUUCCAUGGGACCAACAGGGCAAGAAUGGUCCAAAGAAGCCCCAGCCCGAUCACAUUCUGGUGACCGAGCCCAAGGAUGAGCCUGUACCGUUGGAGCCGACGAGUGACGUGCGUACGCUGCCACCCGCGCCGCUGCCGCCGCCCGUGGCUGCUGUCGCUUAAUUUUUAAGCUUGCAAUAAAAAAAAUU